GACGGGAUAGGGAGGGGAGGAGAGGAAGCUUUCUAUAAAGGCCCGUAGUCCUGCCCAGCUCCCGGCAUCACUCGCUGGCGAUCAAGGCAGAGAGCGAUCCUCCCGUGGUCAACAGUCCCCGAAGCACCAAACGUACGGCACAUCACCCCUAACAGAGGCAACAUGGUGAAGAUCGGCAUCAACGGGUUUGGCCGUAUCGGGCGCCUGGUCACCCGGGCCGCUGUGGCGAACCCCAAGGUGGAGGUCGUGGCUAUCAACGAUCCCUUCAUCGACCUCAGCUACAUGGAAUACAUGUUCAAGUACGACUCCACCCAUGGGCGAUUCAAGGGCACAGUCGGUGUGGAGGGCGGGAAGCUGGUCAUCAAUGGCAAAGCUAUCACCGUCUUCCAGGAACGGGACCCUUCCCACAUCAAGUGGGGUGAUGCUGGGGUCGACUAUGUCGUGGAGUCCACGGGAGUUUUCACCACCACUGAGAAGGCUUCGGCUCAUCUGAAGGGAGGAGCCAAGCGGGUGAUCAUUUCAGCCCCCAGCGCUGAUGCCCCCAUGUUCGUGGUGGGGGUGAAUCACGAUAAAUAUGACAAGAGCAUGACUAUCGUCAGCAAUGCCUCCUGUACCACCAACUGCCUGGCACCCCUGGCGAAGGUCAUCAACGACAAGUUCGGCAUUGUCGAGGGGCUGAUGACGACAGUCCACGCCUACACGGCCACACAGAAGACGGUGGAUGGGCCGUCAGGGAAGUUGUGGCGGGACGGUCGCGGUGCUCACCAGAACAUCAUCCCGGCCUCCACUGGCGCCGCCAAGGCCGUGGGCAAGGUCAUCCCGGAGCUGAACGGCAAGCUGACCGGAAUGGCAUUCCGUGUACCCACACCCAAUGUCUCCGUGGUCGACCUCACCUGCCGUAUCGAGAAGGGCGCCACGUACGACGAGAUUAAGAAGGCAGUGAAGGCGGCCUCCGAAGGGCCAAUGAAGGGAAUUCUGGGAUACACAGAGGACCAGAUGGUCUCCACCGACUUCAACGGUGACACCCACUCCUCCAUCUUCGACGCCGGGGCGGGCAUCGCCCUGAGCAACAACUUUGUCAAGCUGGUUUCCUGGUACGACAAUGAGUUCGCCUACAGCAACCGUGUCAUUGACCUCGCUGUCCACAUUGCGUCCAAGGAUGGAAAGUGAAGUGGCUGCUGGGAGUGCAGACUGCUCAGUUUACACACUGGCCCACCUCCACCCUCGUUCCUUGUCCCACCAGCCUCCUUCCUCCCCUCCUGCAGACAGGCGCACACACAGAAGACGGUUGGUUUACCUUCCCACCCACCCACCCUCCAUCUCCCAGUGGAAACAAGAAGACCCCAAUUAAAAACUGUUGAAUCCUA